UCUGUCAAAACCCAAAACAGAAUACGAGGAUAUAAAGCAAGGAAAAGAAAAUUAUUAAAAAAAGACACCAAAAGAGAAGACAUAAAUUUCUAAUAUUUUUUUUAGUUUUAGUAAUAUCACAAAAUAAUACAUUUUAAGAAAAUAUUAAGUUCAAACAUCAAUACUACUUAUUCUAUAUCACACAAAUAGAACUACAUAAAUAUGGUUGAUAUCGAAGAACUGCCCGACGAAAUUAUUGAAUUCAUUUUCACUUACCUGCCGCCCUACGCCGAUCUUCAAGGAUGCCGUUUAGUAUGCAAACGAUGGAAUUCUAUCGUAAAAAAUGUUAUACGCCGUUCCAAAAUGAAUUUACAAAAAGGCUUAAACGACUUUCGUCUUUGCUGGGAGAUGUAUCGACCGAAAGAAGAAAUCUCAACAAUAGCUGGAAGAUUCUCGCAUUCAGCUGUCCUGCACGAAAAUUCAAUGUUUAUAUUUGGUGGUGGUUCCUCGUCUGACACAACAUUCAAUGAUUUAUGGAGAUUUGAUUUGUCGCAUACAAAAUGGGAGCGUCCAAUAUCAUUAGGCACCUAUCCGUCUCCUAAAGGCUCUGCUUCAAUGGUCUGCUACCAAAAUCAAUUAAUUUUAUUUGGUGGAUGGAGAUAUCCGUCACUCCAUCCACCAUAUCAGCCCUGGUGUUUAUUCGAUGAGUUGCACGUUUAUGAUCUUGAAAUGAACCGUUGGAUUCACGUUCGCGCACAACUUCCCACACCGCCACCAAUGGCCGGGCACUCAGCAAGUGUCCAUCGCCAUAGAAUGGUUGUUUUUGGGGGUUAUCAGAUAUCUGAAGGCGUUAAUAACAAUUCUAACGAUACCUGGUGCCUAAAUAUGAACUCGUUUACUUGGUCAAUACCGAAAAUUGUGGGUAAUACAAAGCCACCCCCGCGGUAUGGGCAGUUUCAAGUUAACUUGGAUGAGGAUCAUCUUCUGAUUGUUGGUGGCUGUGGCGGACCCAACAGUAUAUACACAGAUGCAUGGGUAUUGGACAUGUCGAAAGAGCAAUGGCAAUGGAAAUCUAUUCCAGUGAAAAAUAAAAAAUGGGGGGCCUCACACAUGUGGUGUAAUCCCGCUUGUAAGGUAGACUCUAAGUUAGUGGUGUUGGGACCAACGCCAAAUUUGCCAACAGAUUUUCAAAUGAUGAAGCAGACAAGAUCCCCUGCGGCGAUGAGAGGCCCUGGACAAUUUCCUGAAGUAAGAGGUGGCGGCGGCGGUGGAAUAAAUCAUUUAGAUAAUUUUAGGGUAGUGGAUGAUGUACGUUUAAAUCGACGAGGCAUUGGUAUGAACAAUAACUAUCAGAACAACAAUAAUAACAUACUACCGAGAAUGCAUGCACCGCCCGUUCCUGAGGAGAGAAACUAUAACCGACCACAAUUACGAGGUAAUAGAAAUGACAAUGAUGCUGCUCCGGCACCACCUGCUCCAAUUGUGGCUCAUGACAAAAAUCAUAAAGAUAUCGAGACCGCAAACCGCUUGCAAAGAAAUUUAGCUCUUCGAUGUCGAGAUCACGAACCUCGUUUACCGAAACGUUUUGACGAAUUGCAUGAGGAUCCUUUUCGCAUGGCUGCAUUUAACGUACAAAGUCGUGCGCGUAGUCUAUCAAAAGAUCAUCAUGAACGCAUUCGACGAAUGGAGGAAAAAAUGAAUGCCAUACGAAACUCUAGAAGAGCGUUAGUUGCCGAGCAAAAAAUAAAGGAACCUUCACCAAAGCGCGUUAAACGAAAUGUUCUUUCACUUUUUGUGUGCGAUCUCAAAAAUGCCCUAUCCGAAACUGAUCCGUUCUUACAAUGGAUUGAAUAUAAAAACUAUGGCAUUAUUCCUGGUGCUCCAGAACGUUUAAUACUGUCUUCAAUGGUGGCAGGAAAUGGUGAAUUAAUACUUUUCGGAGGAGUGCAUAAGGAAACCUUAUCAGAAAUAACUCACUCCGUUUCAAACUCUGUCCAUUUUUUGAGUGCUCCUAGGGAUAUUGUUUAGUUUAUAUUUAUGCUAAGUUUUUUUUCACGAUAGAAAUAUUUAAAUUGACAGAGAGAAUGUUAUUCAAUUUUAAUCGAAUAUAAAAAUAACAAUUUAAAAAAUGUUCCUUCAACUUAAUUAAUACAAAACUGCAAAAGCGAAUUUCUAGCAUCUGAGACGGUUAAUAUUUAUAUAAGUAAAUAUAUAAACAAUAAUUAUUAAAGCUCCCUCUUUUCAAAAUACACAAACUAAACUAAACUUAUUUUUUUAUUAUAUUAAUAGAAUCGUAUGUAAAUUCCUGUAAAAUGUAACUACUGAGUGUACAGUAGCAAAAAUCCUAAUGUAAAAUGUUGAUUAGUAUUACUCUGAAUAAUUCAACGCAUAUUUAUUUAUGUAAUGGUUUGUAGAACAACAAAUUUAUUUUUUGCUUCGGGUGGUGAAAAAUUGAUUGGUUGGUACUUUAAAAAAAAUUUCAAAUGUUUAUCCUUUAUUUAACAUCAAACUUUGGUAAAACUUAAGUAAACAAAAAUUGCUUUUCGGCAUUCAAAGUAUUUAAAAAUAUUCCAAACUUGUUCCGUGUAAUGGAAUUUACUUGUUAAAAAUAAUUUAUUAGAUUUAUUUUUAAAGAUGCCAAACAAUCAUUUUUUUACUCGAAUUUCAAAUAAAAUACAAAGUUUAUUGUCUAACUCACCGUAAUAUUCAUAAAUAUAUAUUUAUAUUAUAAUAUGUUUAGAUUUUA